GCCAUUGCCAUGGCGACGGGCCCAGCGGCCUGAGCCCGCCGAGGCGCUGGGAGCUGCUGCCCGUCCCCGGGCAUGAGGCGGGUGCGGGGCCACCCGGAGCCGCCUCCGCGGGGAGAAGGUGAGGAGUGGGCAGUGGUGGAGGCCCCCAGCGUGGCUGCCUGGGACUCCGCAGGAGCCCUCGUCUCAUCUCUCUGCCUCCUCCGAGGCCCUGGGCCUCGCCGCUCGCUGCGUGCCUUGUCCGUCCCCGCGAUCACCCACUCAGGGACUGCGAACAGAGAAACCUGCAGCCUCCGAGUUAAUAACCAGCAUCAAAUACGUGGCCUCUCCUCAGCGGCGACCGAAUGAAUAUCUGCAAUAAGCCUCCUAAUAAGACAGCUCCAGAGAAUUUCGGCGAAGCUGUUCCUGAGGUGCAGGUCCAACACGCUCGAAGGAAUGGCUGGAGCUGGCCUCUGCACCCUUUCCAGAUUAUUGCCUGGUUGCUGUACCUCUUCUUUGCACUGGUUGGCUUUGGAAUCCUUGUUCCUCUCCUGCCCCUCCACUGGCUGCCCGCUGGCUAUAUCGAUUCUGUAUGGACUAAGAAGUGUGGACCUGUGCCAACAGCCUGCACAUGGGGGUCAGAUUCUGUUGUUCAUCUUACUGCAGUCUCCAUUGACCCUGCGGAUGCAAAUGUGCGAGAAAAAAACUAUCUAGGGCCUCUGGCCACCUUCAAUCGUAAUCAACAUGCACAUGUCAUUGAAAACCAUCAUUGCCAUGUCUGUGAUGUAAAUGUGAGUGCCAAAUCAAAGCACUGUGGAACUUGCAAUAAAUGUGUGUGUGGCUUUGAUCACCACUGCAAAUGGCUCAACAACUGUGUGGGAGAGAGGAAUUACUGGUUCUUUUUGAAUAGUGUGCUGUCUGCCAUUCUGGGCCUUGGGCUUCUGCUGCUCGUUGCUUGCUACGUCUUUGUGGAGUUCUUCAUUAACCCCAUGAUGCUUCGCUCUGACCAGCACUACGAAGUUCUAAAGAACCACACGGACGUCUGGUUUGUGUUUCUUCCUGCUGCUCCUGUUGAGACUGGGGCUCCAGCCAUUUUGGUUCCAGCUGGGACUUUUAUUCUACUGAGCCUAGUGACCGUGUUCCUGCUAGGCCACCUCUUGACCUUUCACAUCUAUCUUAUGUGGAACAAGCUGACUACGUAUGAGUACAUCCUGCAGCAGCGUCCCCAGCAAGAGGCUAAAGAGGCAGACAAGCAACUGGAAUCUUGUCCCUCCCAAGUGAUCCCCAGUCAGGAAGUGGACUUUUUUUCAGGUAACCCUGGCUAUACAGACCCUGGUAUUCAGGUAGAGGACUUUGCAACAGUAACUUCAGGAAAAGGCUUUUCAAAGCUCUACAUCCACAAUGAUGAAGCUGAUCCUGAGCAGACCACCUCUCCUGACCUCCCAUCUCUUCACUUUGCCGUCCCUUCACAGAGACAGAAGAAAAGACGAAAGAAGACGCACAAGACUUCUUCUGCAGCAACGGAGAGCAGAUCUAAAACACAUGCUAGACCUUGGCCCUCUUUCCCAGGUCCUCAGUCAGAGUUUCCAGCCACAGCUGCUGCCACCUCCUCUUCCCACAGUCUUCGCCUCGUAGUGCCAGCUUUCCCUCUGAGAGCUGCUGUGCCCCCCAGCAGCACUGGUCCCAUCCAGGCGGCGGGACCCCCGGCUGACUAUCACUCAGAGUCUGCUGAGUCCAUGGAUGAAAUUCCUGUGGCUCAGACUCACCUUGGGAACACAGCCCCUCAUGGUCCUUCUAAGAAUAGCUCAAGCAAUGCUCAGCAUUAUCCUGUGUCCACGGACAAUCCCAGAGGUGACAGGGAGAAGAACCUGUAUUCUGGGCACAAGGUAAAAAGGAAAAGGUGCCAGCAAGACAGACACAUGGAACAAGACCUGGAACUUUUUUCUAAGAUUCCUGCUGUGUUUGUAAGUAAGAGCAGUGGAGAACCUCAACUGUCACAGCCCCAGCCUGCUGGGAACACAUCUGAGCCACACCACAGAAAAUGCACCAGCAAGCAGCAUUUGGGCAGACACAAUCCACGCUUAAAGGACAUAAGGACAAACACCACAGUGGCCUAGCGAUCAGCCUUCCAAAGCCAUACCCUUUGGGAAUGAGACAAGAGGUUCUCUUUCUAUUUGUAUGUUGCUGUUCAAAGAUCUUGACUCCAGAAACUCAUUCUCUGGAGGUAGCAGUGUCCCUUUACAUGAUGCUGACCAUCUUCCAGCAGACCUAGCUGAGAGGCAGAAAAAACCCUGCUGCAUCUUU